UUAUUGUGCGACGAACCGAGAAGAUGAUGGCCGCUGACGAACAAGGAGUGCAAGGGAACGCAGCGGGCGAGAGAAAACAACGAGUCGGCGUAUUCGUCGAUGUCGAGAACGUCCUGGGAUGGCUCAAGCGAGGCGGCUGCACAGAGCUGCUCGCGAAGGCCGGCGAGCUCGGGGUGGUGGGCAUCCGGCGCGCCUUUGGCGACUUCUCGAACGCGACCGUGGCCUCGAGGCAGGACGAGCUGCAAAGGCACGGGUUCGACCUCGUGCACACGGUGCACCCGGCCAAAGGGAAGAGCAACUCGGCGGACAUCAGCAUGACGAUAGACGUGAUGGAGAGCUGCAGGGGCCCGGACAUUCAGUGGGUCGUGCUCGCCACCGGAGACUCCGACUUCGGCCCGGUGUUCCGCCGCCUGCGAGAGCUCGGGAAGGGUGUUAUCGGCGUCGGACCCUCCUCCGUCCUGAGCUCGUCGGUCGCGCUCUCGUGCCACGAGUUCAUCUUCACCGACGACAGCAACAGCAGCAGGAGCGGCAGCGCCAACAAGGGGAGGAGGAAGGGCGGGAAAGGGGACCGCUCGACCAACACGGGGGCGACGGCGACCUGGGCGGACAUGGGAGGCAGAGGGGGGGGCACGUACCGCGCGGCGGCGCGCGUGACGACGCCGCCCCAGUUGCUGUGCGCCCGAGGGGGGUUCAGGUUCAAGCCGCAGCCCGUCAUGGGCGAAGGAAGUGGGGGCGGCCGGGCCGCGGCGGCGGCGGCGGCGGUUUCGGCGGGCGGUGAAAGAGCUGCGUCCUACGGGGACCAGGGGGUCCCGACGUCGCCGUUGCUGAUCGACGGCCCUGCCCCUACCGCGGCGCCAGCGUCGGCGACGAACUCGUUCGGGGCAGGUAAGGGGCCCGUGAUAGAUUGGACGGCUCUGCCUUCUACGCCGCCACCGCAAAAGCCUUCUCCGCAGGUGGAUUUGCCGACGGCCUUUGCCAGGGUGGCUGUGGAAGACGAAACCCCCGCUCCGGCCCCAGCCGUGACAGAGCCGUUGUUGUCCCCGGGGCAGCUGCUUGUUCCCGAGAUGGUGACUGCGGCGGCGGCGGCGGCGGCUUCCUCGCCGACUGUCUCACCCCCCCCUCCGAGGUUGAGGGGGCCACAUGCAGAUGUUGGUGCGACGAGCACCGGUACGGCAUUUCGCGAACGGUGCCCCCCACCGCGGAUAGCCGGAGGCGGUUUCGACGGCAGCGGAGGUGCUGCCGGGAUCGGUGGGGGGGCGGCGGCGGCGGCAUACGGCGGGCACGCGCACUCGGCGCAGAACGCCCAUUUUGACAGCAGAAGUGGCAGCGGCAAUGGCGGUGUCAGCGUACACGGGUCGCGUGCUGGAGCGUCAACGCCGCCGCCGCCGCCGCCGCCGUCUCUCCCGCCAGCGUCCGGCGGACUGGGAGCGCUGUCGGUGAUCCGCCCCUCAGAAAAGCUCUACAGGCACCUACUUAGCGUGGAGUAUUCUCCCUCGGCAGCAGCAGACCGCACCGGUGACACCGCCGGGAGCCUCGCGAGCGACUGGGGGAGCGGCCUCUCCGAAGUCACGGUAGCCAAAGGGUUGGUCUCCCUCGCCGAAGCGUGCGGUGGCCAGGGCGGCGGUGAAAACUCCCGCGCGGUGGCGGCGGCGGCGGCGGUCCUCGGCGGUGAUGGCGGCGGCGGGGAGGCGGGUGUGGCCCUCGACCGCGAGGAGGCGUUUCGGGUGGCCAACCUGCUGCAGCGUUGCGGGUUUCUGUCGUGGGUGGCGAAGGAGCAGCAAUGGCUGGUGACCGUGCCGGCGGACGUGGAGGUGCUGCGAAGGAGGAGGGAUGAGACCAUGAUGGAGGAGCUGCUCACCAGGUGCCAGGAGGCGGGGGUUCCUUUCGAGCCCACCCUGGCGGCCAACUUGCUUUGGUCCAAGGCGCGGCGGUAGCCACGAAUAGGCUCUGCUGCUUCAUGGGUGAUUCGGAAUACCACGUGUGCCAGGGGAAGGGGGGGAUAUAGCUGUUAUUGGAGUGGUGGGAUUGAAACGCCUGCUUUGCUGCUUUGAAGUUGGCAGACGAGGCGGGGGGAGCUUAUGGAGCCACACGUGGGGAGCGCAAUGCUGCAGGAUAGAGAUGCAUCGAGAAUGUAUAGGCUUGAAUCUGAUAGAUUUGGUGUGUCGAUGCUUGCGGAAGGGGUUGAGACUUGAGAGAGCUCUGUUCCCGCAGGUGGUUGUACCGCCGUGGGUUUGUUUUUCGCGGAGCAUCGUUUUCUAGUUGUCGUUUCGUACGGGGGUGCUGCAAGAACCAGUGGCACAAUCCCCAACGUUGUAUCAGUGCUGUGGGCAGGGAUGUCUGCUAAGGUUGGACCUGCGGUGACGCUGUGAUUAUCUUGGUUUAUUUGUGUUGUGUCGGCGGAUAAAUCCAGCUGGUUAGGCGUGGCUUGGCGUUGAUGUCCUUUGUUACAUAGCGGUUACUGCUGUCGUUGCUGCUGUGGCCUGGUUGCAUGGGGCAAGGUUGUGUGUGUGUGAGCAAGGCGAGGAAAUCGUCGAGUGCUUUCCUCCCAAGAUUCGUGCAACCGACGGUGAAAAGUCCUUAGUGUGUAGCUUUUCGGCGGCGGUGGCGGCGUGCGUGCUCGGAUUGUAUGAUGCUAGUUUGUUUUAACUGUGCAAUGUCCAAUGUUGACAUAUAAUUAUUUUUUUCUCCCAUCAUUGGACUCUGUCGCCUGCCUCUCUGGCCCCUAUCCUCCACUUUUACUAGCUAGACGACCCAAACGGGGUCAUGUGUGUGACUGAAGUGCGGUCGUUGGGUUUUUUCCAUCAAGGAAAUUCGAUUAUCAGCAUCCGUUACUUUCCAGCCUAAAGGUUUGCAAAUUCCUGCAUCUUACUGGUGUCGAGGUAGGGCUAUCAUUUGCUCGUCACUGCUACGUAAGCCGGGAGAUAUAUCUCGCCUGCUUUUUGGCACACGUCCUCCUCAUUCUGAGCGUGUACGGUACUGCUGUUCCAGUUACGCGUGUAUUCGGCCAUUUCACGGAUGUUCGUUGUGAUGAUCCGCAAAAAAUUCGUCGUGUUUCUUCUAUUAGAUCCUUGGUCCUCACACAUGUAUGUACUUGAACGCUUAGAUUUUGGAUCUUCGACUGAGGCGUUAAGUCUGAGGUUGUAGACUGUUAUCCAGCGCAGCGCGGCGAUGGUUGCACUUGGUACAAUCGUCUUUUUCUGUAAGUAUAGGACAGGAUUUUGGCAUCCGUAAGCGUAUGGUAGGGCUUAGCAUUCGUAAAUAUUUGGCAAGACUUGGCGAUCGCCUGGACGGUGUCAGAAACGCACGCAGCAGCAAGGCUGGUGAGUUGAACGAUGUGGCUUGGAGGGGGGGGGUCUGAGCAAAACGCGGCUAAGAUUUGCGGAGUUAUGGGGUGUGAGGCCGAUUUUUCUGUAGUUUGGGCCGCAUGGCGACAGGCUAUGCUGAAGGGCCUCUCCACCCUUUGGACGUGCGCGGCGUGAUAGGAGUACGAGACUAUCAGGUGUUGCCGGUGGGAUAGGAGAGAGUUCCAAAUUGUCAGGAUACAGUGCGUGUAUGCAUGGAAAAAAUGGUCUGUUGGUACGUUUUGUCGUAACUAGCGGGAAGCAACAACCAUUUUGGCCUGUUUCGGCUGGACGCACAAGUCCUCAUUGGUCUUGAAAAGGGGGUCGUCUCUCGUGCAUCAGAGGGGUGUAGUUCUAGCCUGGGGGAUCUCCUGGAGUGCUAAUUCUAGGCCUGUCUAUCGUCUCCUGCCGCUGUAGUGGUGGACACAAGCUGGUGGGAAAGCUGGAAGCAUCUGCGACGUGUCCCAGGGAACACCGCGACUCUAGGUAGCGCCGCGGAGGGAAUCGAUCGUAAUAGUGUUGCCAUGCUGCUAGAUAAUAGUCCUUGCAGAGAAAUCUCAUGCCUACAUCGAUAGUAAAGUGUGCCGCUGCUAGAAACAAUUACUCCCUUUUGGACGGAGCUUUUGGAAAAGGUGGACCUGUUUUUGGCCCCCCGUACAACUUUCCCGUGCAAACGGAUCUACCCUGAAAUAGUUGUUGCUUCGGCUACAUAUGUCGACUUUAAUUGAAAUCGGAACGGUGUCGGAUGUGCUAUUAGAGUAGUUUGUCGUGGACAUGGGCGGGAGGGGAACGUCGUUCUACACUGAAGGUUGGCGUUUGCUUCGAUCACGAGAGUUGAGACGACGACGCGUAGAGCAGGCCGGAUGGAAAUGGGGGAGGGGUGGAUUUGCUGAGGAGACUCAACAGGCUCGGGGUGCGCCAUAAUAGCUCCUGCGAAGACUCGUGUGACAAGAGCAUGUGUGUUGAGUGGUGAUUGAUGUACGUCCUCUAACACUUCACCAACUUGCGGUGUGGUGCUGUGCGGCUUUUUCUCUGCGCGUGGAAAGCCGCAACGGGGUGAAGCACGUAGGCCAGAUGACGUGGGUGUGCACGUAAGCAUAUGGGGAAAUUAUUUUUCGGACGUGAUUAUCUGGAGGCAAACUGAGCCGUUGUAGUUGAUUAUUGUGAGAGUUCGUGAGGGCUAUGGUUGGGAGCAUUUGAAAGUUCUUUUUGUGAUCGAAGUCGGGGGGAGCGGAGAGCAGCCAUGUCGUGGGGGCGGGGGGCGAGCGAGUUGCUGGAGGGAGUGGGGGAUCCUGUUUUUGCUCCAACCGCGACCGUGGUGUAGAGAAAGAGGGGUACCGCAUCGUUGCCCUAAACGGCGUCUAGGUAUGUCAAGUAGGCAACGGUGCUGUGCGUACCCGAAAAGAAGAGAGUGAUUGUUUAUCGCUUGCCUUGGUAUGCAUAUGUGUGUGUACCUGUGCGCAACUUGCGGGGCCUCCAGAGAGCGCUGGUGUGUCAUGUUGGCUUUGUUUGACCCACCCUGGAGGUUGCUGAGUACUAGUAGGCUAGUCUCGGCAAGACGAUGUGGUAUGUGCUGUACAGAUGCAAGAGCAAGAACAAAUGAAUCCAGAGCCGAGUACCGUGCGUGGAGUUUCAGUCGCGGUGGCCGACGACACCGCCGCCCACGUCAUGUAGAAACCCAACGGUCGAGCUCGAUAAGUUCGUGGAGAUGGCUGAGUGUAGAGGGAGUGUGUCGUUGUCUCGAGGCAUCCGCGCCAGUUGGAACCGGUGUGGGCAUAUCAGAAGGCCGGGAUGGCUUGUUUAUGAAGC